GACGCCAAGAUGGCGCUCUUCUUCGAGCAAGCUGUCAAAACUGCUCUGCAAAAUUAUUCGAAGUCCGUUGCAAAGCCGCUUCACUAUGGGACCGCCGGAAUUCGAGACAAAGGAGAAAUCUUGGGAUCAUGCAUGUUUCGAAUGGGUAUUCUUGCUGCAUUGCGCUCAAAAUACAAAAAAGCCGUGGUUGGUGUCAUGAUCACUGCAUCUCACAAUCCUGAAGAUGACAAUGGCAUCAAGCUUAUUGAUCCAAUGGGUGAAAUGAUGGAAACGGAUUGGGAAAUAUUGGCAACAGAGCUGGCCAAUGCUCCGGAUAGCUCGUUGGAAUCUGUGCUGGACCGUAUAGUGGCAGCAACAAACAUCAACCUUCAGGAACCCUCUUCCGUGUGCCUAGCUAAUGACACUCGAGCGAGCAGUCCUGGGCUGGCGGAGGCUGUCGGUGAUGGUGUCAAGUCUGUUGGUGGAGCUGUCAAGGUGUUUGGCCAUCUGACCACACCCCAGCUUCACUACAUUGUACGCUGCAGCAAUGACCCAAGCUAUGGAGAGCCCACAGAAGAAGGUUACUUUAAGAAGCUAACAAAGGCCUUUAUGCAGAUUAGAGCCAAUGGCUCAGCUGUACGCAACUAUGUUCCCUUCAUUCGUCUUGACGGUGCCAAUGGAGUAGGAGCUAUGAAGAUGAAAACGCUGCUGCCUUACUUGGGAGGUCUUCUGAAGAUAGAAACAUACAAUGAUGGCUCGGAAGGCCGGUUAAACCAUAUGUGUGGUGCAGAUUUUGUGAAAAUCUAUCAGAAAGCUCCAGAAGGAAUUCCUCUUGACGUUGGAGUGAGGUGUGUUUCAUUUGAUGGUGAUGCUGACCGAGUCAUUUAUUUUUACCAUGAUGAAAACCUCGUCUUCCAUCUUCUCGAUGGCGACAAGAUUGCCACUUUGGUGGCCAGCUACCUGAAAGAGCUGCUUGAUGCAGCCAUGCUUUCCUUGAAUAUGGUCAUCGUUCAGACAGCUUAUGCCAAUGGAAGCUCAACGAACUACAUCACUAAUGUGCUGAAGGUACCCGUGAAAUGUGUGCCCACUGGAAUAAAGCAUUUGCACCGAGAGGCCCAGAAGGCAGAUAUCGGAAUCUACUUUGAAGCCAAUGGGCAUGGCACUGUCCUCUUUAGUGAGAAGGCACAACAGGCCAUCCAAGACUUGGCUAAUGAUAGCAACCAAUAUGCAGAGAGGCAACAAGCUGCCAAGAAACUUUUGUACACAAUAGACCUCAUAAACCAAACUGUAGGUGAUGCCAUCUCAGACAUGCUACUAGUGGAGACAGUGCUUCAUGCCAAAGGCAUUUGUGCUCCUGAGUGGAACUCCUUUUACGCGGAACUUCACAGGCAACUGAAAAUCCAUGUAUCGAAUCGGAACGUAAUUACAACUACCAAUGCAGAGCGCCGGUGCCUCUCUCCAAGUGACUUACAACCUGCAAUAGACCAAUUAGUUCAGAGCUACCAAAAUGGAAGGGCUUUUGUCAGGCCAUCUGGAACUGAGGAUAUUAUCCGUGUUUAUGCUGAGGCUAGCACUCAGGACGCAGCCAACAAGCUUGCCUAUGAAGUCGGCAUGAAGGUUUAUGAGCUUGCUGGUGGUAUUGGUGAAAAGCCCAAGCUGCCGGCCUGAAGUGGGGCUGCUGAGGCCUGUGAAUUCAAAGGGACCCACCUUGGAUGUGUGAGGACUUGCUGACAACAGUACUCCAGCCAAGCUCACCUUUUCAAUCAGUGUAAAUGUUACACUUCUGGCAGUAAUUAUUGAGGAUGGAAAAAUUUUUUAUUGAAGGUGAAAAAUUUGGUUUUUUAACAGCACAGUGUGGUUUGACCCAGACAUUUACUACCUAAUGAUUGUCUGGUGCUGUGCCUUUCUUGCGUGAGCUUCAGAGAACAGAAUGUCCUCCAGAAUGCAGGUGUACUUCGUUUGAGAGGGUCGGUUUUGUGGCUUGUACAAGCUUUUGUCCCCAAGGGACCAUGGAUCGUGUUUCUGUGUGUGUGUGCCAGAAGCAUGUCAUGACAUCAGCCGUGUUAUUGGAACAAUCUCUCAUCUUGCUCUAAUCUUCCACUCAGCACUUCAAGUUGAUAGCCUUUUGCUGGUGGCUUUUGUGAUAAUCAACUGUUCUGGAUGUUUCGGAGCUGGUGUGCCGCCACAGCCUAAAUAUGUGUGUGUGCAUGUCAUUUAAGAAAUAUGCUACAAUAAUCCCAGAAGUUACCACGUCUACUAGAUACUAACAGGAAAAGAAUGGCACUAGCUUUAGAAGUGGGAAGCGGGCCUGAAUAGUUGUUGGCGCCAUUGAUGAGGCAAUGCACAGCCCCCACUUAUGUUUUGUGUGCUGUGGAUGUGACCUUUCAUUGCCCUUGUGCCAGCAACUUGUGCACUUUUUGUCUUUGUGGCAUUGCUUUUCUGUUCAUCCAGUAGGAGGUGCUCUUAGCUUAAACUGGGUGCUUGAUACAGUCUGGUACCAAGCAGCAAGUAACAUUGUAUUGCAGGUAGGUGAAUAGGUUUUACAUCGUGUACUUAACGUAACUGUUGUUUUGCUCUGCAGCCUUGUUGGGCAAAUCUGUUGCAUGUCUCUUCAGCAAACGUGUCUUUUAUACUUUUGUCAUGACAUACCUUUACCUGCCUGAAUGAAACGCAGGUCUUCCUUUCUUGGCAUAGCACAAUCUUGUCAUUUUUACUCUAAGUGUUGUAUUUGCUGAAUGCCAGUCAAGCAUGUUCUUACCUCCAGCUGUACCUCUUUGAAAGCAUACAUACUACAUUUAUAAAUAGGCAGCUGGCAUUGGAUGUUUCUAAGAAUCAUGUAGCAGAUUGUACUCGUCAUCGUUCCGACGGACAGUUGCAUAUGAUGCAAUCUUGUUUGGUUGUAUUUCUUGCUUUGCUGUGUUUGUUCAUUUGGCAUUAACUGUCCACUUUAGUCAGUUUCAUUCUAAGUGCACUGCCUAUGUUUUGUGCUAAAGAUAUCAAUACUUUAGGAAUGCAAGUACACAAGUGAUUGAUUUGUGGGGUUUAACGUCCCAAAACCACGAUUUGAUUAUGAGAGACGCCGUAGUGGAGGGCUCCGGAAAUUUAGACCACCUGGGGUUCUUUAACGUGCGUGUCUACUGCCUUUGCAUUGUCUCUAUGAGGGCAGAUUUCUGUGUUGGGCACACUUCAAAUUCCUAGAGUCUGUUUUGUCCACAAGCUUCUGAUAAGCAUUGUAGCAAUUAGGGCCUCUUGCAAGUCUACUUCAUGAUGCCAGUAUUCGAGAAAGCCUCUUCUUUAUACAACACAGGAAUGCUUAAGAAGUACACUGCAGGUUGCAGAAGGUCUGAAAUUUAAGAUUGGUUUGAAUCCUGUUGUCGUUUACGUGUUGCUAGUAUUGAGCAUACCAUUAAAUAAAAGUUCUAGAUAGGUCCUAUCACAAGUAUGUAAUAAGGAUGUUUCGUUAACUAGGUGCAAGUAAGGUGCCUGACCUAAGAGUAACAAAGAGGAGUUUAUUUGUAGUGGUAGAUUGGAAUUGUAGCACUCUUAGUAGCACCCCAUCGAGCUAGGCACACGUUUUAAAUGUUACACUUGUUUUUAAUCUAUUACCAAUUUAGUUUUUACUUAGGAAUAAUAGUUUUUUUAGUCAAGUGUGGAAAGAAGUUGCUGGGGACACUUGGGCAAGUGCUUUAGCUCUUUUAAUGUGUAAUAUAUAAUGAGCCAGAUUUUGACAAGAUGUGCUCAAAAACACAAAAAAGGCACAGGCUUGAUUGAGCGUGUCAAGAGGUUUCUUGCAGCUAAGUAGAGUGAAACAAGCUUAUGAAGGUGUGUCUCUCAGUACUUAAUGACAUACAGCAGCAUACUUUGUCUUGCAUUUUAAGGUGUAUGCAUGUGUACCUUACUGUGCUGAAAACAAUGCAUCUCAAUGCACUUUCAGGAGUAGCAUUUCAAUUGACAAUCCACAAGACCUUACACUGUGUAAUAACCCCCUCUUUUAAUGAAUAAAGUCAGGUUGUUGUUUUUUUAUUGAUACUCUCAUAAAGUCAUUGCCAAUAAGAUAGGUAUCAAGCAAGCAUUCUAACUGAUGAAUUCGAAAUGCAUGCUUUUACCCUUCUGAAAAAAAUUUCUUACUCGCUGGUUCCAUUCACUCGUAUUGUGAUUUGAGGCCGUCCUGACUUGUGCACCCACUUACUACACUAUUUUUGCAUGUAUGAAUGAAAUAAUGAAAUGCUGUGUUUCAUUUUUGUAGGCUUGGGCACUCUUGGUUCAGUUACUUUCUAAGCUUUUUGAUUUUUAGUCAUAAUUGGAACAUUUCUUAGACAUUUUUAAUACUUUAAAAGCGUACACCAAGUAUAUUUGUUUAUUCUUUUUCCCCCAAAUGAGUCACCUUCGACUUGGCGAAUAUGGAGAGUUGCUUUUAUAUACAUGUAUGUAUAUAAAAUAUAUAAUAUAUAUAUAUAUAUUUAAGGGGUAGGUUGUUGAUGCAGAUACUUAAAAAGGGUUGUAUUGGUCUAUUUUCUCCGAUAUCCUUUUCCUGUGAUAAUGCUUUGGGGUGGCUUUUGACGGACCUCACUUGUGCCAACUUUGUUUUUUGUGUUUUCUUGUGGAGCUGCUGGAACUGUUGUUCCCCUAGUUUUGUGAUGGCAUAGUUCACAUUUAUGAAGUGUAUUUGAUGGCUUUAUUACUCCUUGAUCGUAUCGUUUGUGACUACUGCCGCUACAGAGUGCUACUUUUGGCAAAAUCAUGUGGAACUGCCUUGUUGAACCACUUUUGAGGGGACAGGCUAAUGGACUCUUCUGAUACUUUGCACCAGAGCUGCAUAUGCAGAGGCAUUCGUGUUUUUGCAGGAAUCUAUGCAUCUGCUGUCUGAAACUCUGGUUUUAUUGUCUGUAUUUUUCGUGUGGUAUCACAACUAGGUGUGAUUUAAGAGCAGUUUAGUGAUAAUUUUCUAGCAGCAGGUUUCAUUCUCAGGGCUAGUAGGGAGUAAAUUUGUAUUGAAACUUGUAUGUCAGUUUUGUUUGAGAUGCCUACUGCAAGUUUCUUUUGUUGGUGGCAUGCUAGGUUAGUUUGAAUCCUUUUUUUCAUGCUGCCAGGAUACAUGUAACAUGAGCAGGAGAGCAAAAACCAACUGCUGCAAAAUGACUAAGCUUCUGUACUGAGCUUCCAGCAAACUUUUUUGUGUUUUUGUAUGGGUGUAGUAUUAAAAGAAUACCAAGACAUUUUUAAUUGCAGGUACGAAAUCCCUUGGGUGUAAUCACAAUGGCGUGACUGUUUAUGCGUGGUUUGGCAAAGGUGUUACACAGUCUUGCCUGUUGUAAUGGACUUGUCAUUCUUUAUUGCUACAUUUUCUCUAGCUUUGUUAUGUCUUAUAUAUAUUUUGAUUUAUUAUUAAACACUUUUAUUGCAGUUUU